AUGAUCGCGGUCCUGGCGGGCGCCGUGCUGGGCCCCUUCACCGCCGUGUAUGCUGUGGGGCCGGUGGCGGCGGUGCUCUUCCUGCCGCUGCUGGCGGUGCAGCUGGGCGUGACGCUGGGCCUGGGCGUGGUGCCGGGCUCCUUCACCAUCCCAGACAAGGUCACGGCCGGCCUCACCGCCGGCCUGCUGUCACUCUACUUCCUCCUCCUCAUGCACACCACCCUGUGGAACAAGCUGGAGGCCUACUUCUGCAACACACCCUGGCUCAGGCACACCGGCGAGCUGCAGGCGGUGGAGGGCACCCGCAAGUACGCCACACGCUGCCCCUUCACAGGCCACCGCCCCACCAUGCGCUGCCCCAGCUGCGAGGCCCGCGUGCACGACUCCGCUUUCCACAAGUCGGACCGCCUGGUCGCCUGGUUUGUGGGCGAGACUGUGCUGCGGUGGGACGCCGCCAAGCUGUGCACCGAUGCAGGGGAGGGCAACGUGAAGAGGGCCCGGCAGCGGCUGGACCAGUGCCUCGACUUCCGCGGCAACACGCUGUUUGCCAGCGUCAGCGCCUGCUGCGUGGGGUGCGCCACCUGGCAGCGGUGCUUCAACCUGCUGCCCCGCAUGUCCCUCAGCCUCGCCAUGACCUCCCUCUUCUUCGUCUUCGUCCCCUGGGCCUUUGCAUCCUUCCUCAGCGGCGGCAGCAGCACCAGCGGCCAGAGCAUCGGCGGCGGCGGCGCCAAGGCCAUCCAUGUGACGUGCGACGUGCUGGGGGUGCUGUUUGCCCAGGCCGCGCUGGUGGUGCAGGUGCAUGCUGUGCUGAGGGCAAACGAGUUCCUGGCAAAGUACAGGCCCAUGGUGCCGUCCCUCAAGCCGCUGUUCCAGCCCCCCAAGUGGCGCCUGGUGCAGCACAUCAUGCACGCGCCCUGGGAGCAGGCAAUCUGA